CUCCCCACCCUCAUUCGGCUAUGGUUCCUCCUUGGCUUCUUCGCUUGGAACAGAAUAUCCCAUUACCAACAACCAGGUUCCUUUUCUCCAUUUAUACCACAGGGAGGAUCAGCACUCCUUUCUUGAUCCUGCCCGCCUUUUCUCUCUACGAGUAACUAUAUUCCAACUACAAAGGCCAAGCCCAUCGCCGGCGGUCACCCACACUCCUUUUCGGGGGAGUAGAGUGAGAGUGAGAGAUAGAAAAAGAGGAGGGGAAACACACAUUCACUAUCUCCCUCCAGUUUAUCAAUCAUGACCAACCUUCCUCACCAGGAUCAGCAUCGUCACCACAGCAUGCUCUCCCAGGCCGGCCACCGACUCCUCCGCAAAUGCAGGAGCGAGAAGAAGCUCCGCAUCAGCCCACCCAUGCACGUCCGCAAAGACAGCACCGCCAGCACCUCAUCCUUCAGCUCAGAGGCGUCGACAGCAGCAAGCAUAUCGACCCCCACUCACCACCACCACUCUCGCUCACCGAGUGACCACGAGAGGCAGUCAUCCGACUGGGACCCUCUCAGAUGCCACCCGCCACUGGACGUCGACAGGUCCCCGUACAUCCCCACGCCGCGGCAGGCACCGCUGCAGAGGGGGAGUGGCGGCGUUAACCACGACAACAACUACGACGAUAACGACGACGACUUUGACCUACAGACCCCCGUGGCGGAGCACGACCUCGACGAUAUCAUCAACCACUACGGCAUGACAGCGCUCCGCCCACCACCACCCCUCGCCAACCGUCGCCCGCUCUUCCAGCGCAUGAAGACGGCCGAGAUGGACAUCCACGAGGGUUUUGACUUUGGCUUCGCCGCCGCCAACCGCGACGGCCACAGGCACGACCACCUGGCGGCUCGCACCACGCCUCCCCGGCCCCUGACCUCGUCUACCAUGGGGUCGGACCACUCGGGGACCUCGUGGCUCAACCUCGACUGCUCCCGGGACAGCGUCCCCAGCGAGCUCCUGCCCUCACCCAGGAGCAGGCGGCCGCCCUCCACCCAGCCGGACACCCCGGCCCACCUGCUCAAGAGGGGCGAGUGGAAGAGGAGGGGUAUCGUCUUCGUCUCCGAGACCGACAAGGUCACCGAGGAAGACUGCUUCGAGAUCCCGUAAGAAGCAACUGCAAACAGCAAACCCAACCGAUAUUCUCUUUGAAACUCUUUUCUUGUAUCUUGUCUUCUAAUCACUUUUUUUGAGCCCUUGAGCACAAUACCCCUAUUACCCCUUUCGCGAACUUUCUUAUGUUGGUCUGGUUUUAAUAUUUUAGCAAGCGUUGUAUUCCCGGCUUUUCCAGCCGUCCUUUGUACCAACCUUUCCUUUCCUUUAUAAAACAACACUCGCUACUUCUUAUAGGACACAAACAUGGCUUACUGCAAGGCGUUCAUUUUUCAGGGGGACUAUCACGUUGACGACUAUAUUGUAUACAAAUACCCAGGGCGGCUUUUUUUUCAAGACGUUUUCGAAGCACACGCUUUUUCCUGCUCUCUUCUCAAUAUCAUAUAUCGGCAUCUCGAACUUUUCUACUAUUUUGAAACUGCCGUUGACACACUAUAGUCUUUUUUUGUAACAUCUAGUUCUAGACCUAGUUAUAGUCUAGGCAUUUUUCUCAACGUUGGGGCGUAGUCGGAAGCUGCCCCUCGUUUUUUGUUUUUUUUAGCUAGCAAUGAAAAGAAAAAAAAAGUUGCACCAAAGCGGCUUAAUUUCAAAUCAUCUCAUCUAAACCUCCGACAGUUCCGU